CGAUUCCGGUCGUCGGAAUUCUGAUCAGACGUACCUGAUCGCUUUGAAUCACGUGUGACGUUGAACCGUUGCCAGGAUUCGAGCUCGCAGCAGUUACGAUGUUUUGAAAGUUUUUUUUAAACGAAAUGUCCCUGUUGCGAAAAUCAAUCAUGCUUGAAAUCUCUACUUUCAGUUGAAUAUCGAAGAAGGAGGCUGCGACAACGACCGACACGGGGAAGAUGGACACGGUGAAACCUGGCUGGUUCAGUGAAAUCAAUGAUCUGUGGCCAGGUGUCUCGUUGUCCCUCGAGGUUGUCAAAAUACUGUACCGGGAGCGGUCGCCGUACCAAGACGUAAUGGUGCUCGAAACGAAGUCGCACGGAAGGGCCUUAAUCUUAGAUGGCAUCAUACAAUGCACAGAAAAAGAUGAGUUUUCGUACCAGGAGGCAAUUGCUUUUCUACCAUUAUGCAGCCAUCCAAAUCCGAAAAGUGUUUUAAUCGUUGGGGGUGGCGAUGGAGGGGUUGCCCGGGAGGUGGCGAAGCAUCCUCAAGUAGAAAAAAUAGUACAAGUCGAAAUUGACGAGACGGUGCUAGAGGUUUCGAAAAAAUACUUACCUGUGAUGGGCGCCGGCCUUGAACACCCCAAAGUCACGCUUUUCGUGGGCGAUGGCUUUGAGUUUUUGAAGCAGCGCAAACAAGAGUUCGACGUUAUUAUCACAGAUAGCAGUGAUCCCGUCGGUCCAGCAGAGUGUCUGUUCCACGAAUCAUAUUUUAGUCUAAUGAAAACUGCAUUGAAACCUGGUGGAGUAGUUUGCAGUCAAGCAGGAACUGCGUGGGCAAAUCUCGAACACGUUGCACAAACACUACAACACUGUAGGGCGGUAUUUCCAGUUGCAUCGUACGGAGUCGCAGCUGUACCUACGUAUCCUACGGGACAAAUUGGUUUCGUACUUGGUACUUUAAAUCCUGAAACGAAUUUCAAGGAACCGAGGAAAGUUUUUAGCAAUAGCGAACUCGAUCAGAUGGGCCUCAAGUACUACGACGCCGACGUCCACCGAGCUGCAUUCAUAUUACCGAGGUUCAUAACGAAGACAUUGCAACAAACGAAACAUAAAGAAACAAAUCAGUCUGAGAUUCUGUUAUGAGGAAAUCAUAGUGUAAAGCAUAAAGGGUUGACUGUGUUUUUUAUACGGUACAAAACAUUGAUAACAAUAUUUUUUUAGAAUUCUUAUGUUCGCAUAAAAAUGAACGAAUUACUAAAAAAUUAAAAAUUGAAAAUUCGUGUUCAGAAAUUUACCGUACCCAGAUCGGAUCAUCACAAAGAAAACAACGAUGUAGGAUUAAAAAUUCUUUAUUUCCUGAAUGUAAGAUGGUUAAUAUGUAUAUUUGUGAAAUUUCGCUGUAAUGUAA